AUGGGCCUUUUCCACCACAGCUCCAAGAAUCAUACCUGCCCGGUGCCUGCGCACUUGACAGAAGACAUUAACACGGUCGCAGAUGCCUCCAAACUGCUGUUCGGCACGACCUCCUUCUACAGGUUCAAUAUGAUCCUGUCGGGCGCCUGUACUGCGUUUGCCUGCCUGACCAUCUUGGCUCUGCUGUGCCUACACGCGACGCAUCUCAGCAAGCCCAAGGAACAGAUCAAGAUCAUGCGCAUCUCCCUGAUCAUCCCCAUCUAUUCUAUCCUGUCCUUUCUAUCGAUUUGCUUCCCCAACGCAUACGUCUACCUGGACGCCUGGCUGAAUUUCUUCGAGGGCAUCGCCUUGGUCAACUUCUUCCUCCUUCUAUGCGACUACCUCUCGACGGACCCGGAACAGCGCAACGCCUUCUUCGCCCAGGUCGACUUGCCCGCGGACAAGAAGACCAAGAAGCCCGUGAACGGCUUGGACCUGUACAGGAAAUCAUGGAUCAUGGCCAUCCAGUUUCCCAUCGUCUCCCUUAUUGCCGCACUGGUCACCGCCAUCACCCAGGCGGCCUCUAUCUACUGUCUGGGGAGCAACAAGCCCUACUUUGCCCAUCUAUGGAUCUCUAUUGUUCAAAACGUGUCCGUUGGCGCCGCCGUCAUCAAUGUUUUGAGGUUCUUCACCGUGCUCAAGGCCCACCUCAAGGGCAUCAACCCUCUUGUCAAAUUCGUCGCGUUUAAAAUCAUCGUCGGAUUUACCUUUUUGAUCAGCAUCAUCUUUCUGAUCCUCCGCGACACGAGUGCCCUCGCCCCCUCCGAUACCCUCACCUGGGCAGACGUGAACAUCGGCCUGCCCACGAUGAUCAUCUGCAUCCUGAUGGUCCCCAUCUCGGUCUUCUUUCACUACGCGUACGGAAUCAAACCGUACAAACUGCACAAAAAUCCCCGCCAGGUCGAGCAGGGCGACUACGCCAACAUGCAGCCCGCGCGCUACGAGGGCGGCCUGUUCAACAUCCGCAUGUGGCUGUCUCUGUUCAGCAUCCGCAGCUUGAUCCGCGCCAUGUCGCUCAAGCCCCCGAGCCAGAUGGAGUACGCGGGCGGCAGUCUGAGUGAGCAGCCGCAACUGACCUACGACACGGCCUACCGUGGUCGCGAUGAGGUUCCGUAUGCUUAG